GUAUGUGGCUGCGAUUGAGUUGUUGUCGUCUCCUUGUUUUUUGUUGUUGUUGUUGUCGUCGUUAGCCCAUUGUGCACACACAACGCCAUCGCAAAGUCGUAUACUUGGUGUACAAAGCGGCUAAAUAAUAAUCGGUUCAGUUGUUGUACAGCCGUAGACGACUAUACGAACGCAGUGAAAAUUUACUAAUAAUGUGCUAUUCUUGGUGCUUUGACGGCCAAAUCGAAAGAAUUUGACAAACGUUUUGAGAGAGAGAGAGAACCAACCAUAUAUACCAGUACACUUUCAAAACGAACGCGAUUUUGUUUAAUGAACGGAAUUUAAUUAUUAUAUUGAGUUUUUUUACGUUGAUUUUUUGUUCUGUUUUUUUUCAUUUGAUUCGCUGUGCUUUUUUUGUCCUUUAUUGUUUCCAUCCGAUUCAAUUGAUUUCACGCGAUAAGUUCGAACAGCAACAUAUAUGUUAUCCGUAUACGGAUUGGCAGUGCAUUGUGGGUAUUUUCUCUGCAACGGUGUGCUCCUUUUUCUACUUCAACUCCAAUAUCGGAAUGAAAUAACAACCAAACCGAUGAAAUAAAACAAAAAACGAAGCAGAACAACAACAAAUCAAGUAAAUAAUAAUCUGCAGUGUACUGUACAUACGUUAAUUGUGACAUUUGGUUGCCAGUUCAGGUCUCUUUUAAAAAUAGGUCCAAGCCAAACAUCUUCCUCAAGUUGUGAUUCCAUUAUGCAAUGGUUCGAUAUUGAAUCAUUAGAAGUAGUGAAAUAAAUUAAUCUACCUAAAUUGUUGAUACACAAAGUGCCUAUAAAUUAAAAAUAGACGUUUCGAUUCAAGCGCAUUCCAAUAGCAAGAAUAAUAAAUCCAGUCAAAAUUGAUCCGAUCAAGUUUGAAAUCAUGUUGACGAACGAGUGUGAGCGGGAUAUCCAAUUGGAAUUGAAUAAAAAUUAUUUGAAAUCGUUUCCAGCACGAUUGAAAUUUUGCCAUAUCUUUCUUGGAAGUUUGUCAUCAGGAUUGUUGUUGUAUUAUACGUCAAAUUAUUUUUGGCUAACAUUCAUCCCAAUCUGUAUAGGGUCAAUACUUGCCUUGUGUUCGCUAAUUUUUCUCGUAUCAUCAACCAUUAAUUGGAAGACAACUGGGAAAAUUCGAAUGGCACGAAUCAACUUUAUAUUUCAUACCAUUGCCAUAAUUCUAUUAAUUAUCAGCAUGUUAAUAUUACUAAUAACAGUAACAGCGCAAUUGUUGAGCUAUGAGCAUAUAUUAAAAUACGAGGUUCCUUUCGUUGUGUCAAUGUUUGUUGCAUCGAUUCUUAAUUCCCUCAAUGCACUUUUGUAUUACACAUCAAUCAAAUUAGUACGAACUACAUGCGAAAAUUACUAAGGAAUGACUAAUUGCAUUCAAAUAGCAGAAACGUUGGCGAGGCAAAUGUUCUGUGCUGUAUUUUAAAGCAUUACGAACAACAGUGAAUCAAAUCAAUCCCUAUCUAAUCGCAAUCAAGCAAUAUAUAUUUGGUUGGUGAUAUUUUUUCUUCAUAGAGACAAACGAUUGAAUCGAAUAAACUAACACAGAAUACAUAUGACCAAAAAUGAAAACGUGUGCAUGAAAUGUGAAACUGAUGUAUUAAAUCAUGUAAAUGGUGGUUUCAUGCUGAAAUAAAAUAUAUCAAAACAACGAAAUUUGGUAGACCUCGUCUCAUGGAUGCAGAUAGGAUGAUCAAUGACAACAAUAAUUUUUUUAUUUAAUUCUACAAAUAUAUUGGUUCUUGUUUAACGAAUUUAUCUACAUGUAAGCGUUAUAUAUUGUUGAAUGAUGAGAUACAUUUAUUUUGAUGUUCAAUUUUUUUCCGCAAUUUAAAUCGUUCAAUUGAGUGCAUUAUUUGUUCCACAGUUCGGGUGCUAAGAAAAUUAUUUAAAUUUUGAACUUUAGUCACACAAUAACGAACCAUUUGCAUUUGAGAAUAAGCUUAACUAUUUAAAUUAAGUCAUAAUUUUAGAUAUCAACGCGCACGUUGCCGAUUUGCUAGCCAUGUCAAACGAAUUAAUUGCCUUAUGCUAACAAAUUGUAAACGUUUUGAAAUAUAUUGUAAAUAAAUUUGAAAUGCAAUCAUUACAA